AAACAAAAACAAAAAAAAAACAAAAAAAGAAAGGAAAAAUUAAACGGAUAGAGUCGACGAACUCAUCCCCUUCCUCCAGUCCUGGCUCUAGUCCUUUAACUCUUCUUCUCCACUCUGUCCGACGAAUAUGGCUUCCUCUGCGACCACACCAUCCUUCUCCUUCUUCUCAUCCUCUAUCUUCCUCUCGUCAUCUUCCUCUCACAACAAAUUCUCUUCAUUCACAUUCAGACCCAAUUCUUUCAUCCCCACCUCCCCUAAAUCCCUUUCCAUUACUUCCCAGCUCGCCACACUCCCAGUCCUCUCCUUUGAUGGCGAAAAGGUCGGCGAAACAGCUCUCGACCUCAAAACUGCGCCACCCGAUACUGCACGCGCCGUCGUGCACCGCGCUGUUGUAACUGACCUCCAGAACAAGCGCCGAGGCACUGCCUCAACCCUCACACGCGCCGAGGUCAGUGGUGGUGGCAGGAAGCCUUACCCGCAGAAGAAGACCGGCCGUGCUCGUCGUGGGUCGAAUCGGACCCCGCUCCGACCCGGGGGAGGGGUCGUGUUUGGGCCUAAGCCUAGGGACUGGAGCAUCAAGAUUAAUCGGAAGGAGAAGAGAUUAGCGAUUUCUACGGCGUUAUCUAGCGCGGUGGUGAACACGAUCGUUGUGGAAGAAUUUGGGGAUAAGUUUGAGAAGCCUAAGACGAAGGAAUUCAUUGCCGCAAUGAAGAGGUGGGGGCUUGACCCAAAGGAGAAGGCUAUGUUCUUGCUGACUGAGGUUUCGGAUAAUUUAAGGCUUUCGAGUAGGAAUAUUGGGACUCUGAAGAUGUUGACGCCUAGAACGCUUAAUUUGUAUGAUGUAUUGAAUGCGGAUAAGUUGGUGCUAACGCCUUCUGCUGUGGAUUAUUUGAAUGAGAGAUAUGGGAUUGAUUACGUAGGAGACACUGAGGACGAGAAUGAGGAUGAAGUAGAUGGUGAAGAUGGAGGGGAAGGUGACCAAGGAACUGGGGGAGAGGAAAAUGCUGAUGUGGUGGAUUAAGGAUCUGGAGUAUUGUUUGUACCAUUUACAUGUUUGUUUUCAUCUCCAUUACUGAGGGGUUCAAACCCAGGUUACCUUUAGGAUCUGCUCCGUUAUGCCACUAACAUUCAUGGUAUUCUGCGGGCUGUAUAGCAUGCUGCUCUGUUUGGUCUAUUGCAAAGAUUUUGUUUCACAUAGCCCUUUUUCAUGCAUUGUAUGUAUAAUGAAGAAUCUUGUGUAUUAGUCUUAUCCUUGCAUUGUUGUAUUAAUUCUUCUCCUUUUAUGAAAGAGGAUCUUGUUUCGCUCCCAA